AACUGCUUCAACAAUCAUCCAGUACUAUCUACUCCAUGCCCAGCACCAUGUCCGAACAGGAUACACCCAAGGGCACAGAGAGACCGCUCACAGCUUACAACCCACCUUUACCCUCCAAUAGCACCCCGUUCAGCUUCGCCUGCCGUUGUCUGAAUGUCAAGAUUGACGGACGCGUUUCUGCUUCAGAUGAACAGAAAGUAUUGAGCAAGGGUGAAGGAGGUACUAGCGCCCAAGGAAGUGUGGAAGUCUUCCUGCCUAUAGGAUCGGAGGGAGUGAAAUUUGCGGAUUAUGUGGUUUAUGACCAAGACAUUAUAUCCUCUCGAGAGGAUAAAUCCGGUAGUGCGAUCAUUACUGAGGACUCUCCUGAACCUUCAUGGCGGAAAUGCUUCAUCUGUGGUACGAGGUGCUAUCGUGUCAAAGAUAAGGCGCAGAAGGAUCCAGCGGUUGAAGAGGAGUGGGUUACUGUAGAGUUAAACAGCGGCGUAGUGUACGGAGAAAAGCUCUCGCAAGCGCUCGGACAAGAAGGUCUCCCAUUCACUGGUCUCCUAUUCGAUCCACCAUCAGGGCAGUCCAACUUCGGCCGUCCGCCUACCAAUCCUAGCCCUUCCUCUGAUCCAGACUCCUAUCUUCCCUCUGCAACACCUUCAAUCCACUACGUUCCUACUCCUCACGAUCCAUUCUUUCUUCCUCCGCCCUUCAUCCCGUCCAACCCGCACUUGAAAGAUCUUUGUGACCAAGCAGAAGAAUACCUCAGGGAAGCUCACGGCAGGCUGGAGGAUGAAGUGCGACACUUCAUAUCACUCAAAACAUUAGAAUUACGUGAUAUGGAAGAAAAAGUGCGAGGGGAAGUGGAGUUAUUAUGGGAUAAGUACAGGAAUGGGCCGGGUAAAGAAGAGAUCAGUCGUCAGCGCAGCGCGAGUAUCAGCCGUACCAGGGAAAGCUCUUCCCGUGCUCCUGAACCGUCUAGCGUAUUCCCGCCACCCAGAAACCCUCAAUCCCAAAAAUCUUUCCAAGCCACUCCGCCGUCACCUCACGCCACUCCUAACCCUAUCAUGCAAGCCUCAAUCGCACCAGCCACUAGCGCUUUACCUAACGGGACAUCACUCCUCGCUCAUUCCUUGUCCCAAGCGUCGUUCUUCCCACAACCUGCUAUUAAUGAACUAGGAACUGAUGGGGAAGUUCCUGAGGAAAUGAGAGAUGAGAUUGACCAUACCAUCUCUGAAGUGGCUAGAACAUAUGGUAAGAAAGGGGAUAGUCGAGCGGUUGCUAUGAGCUAUAUCUUUAGCUCCUUUGCGGAGAACAUGGGAGGUGCAACUCAGGUUUCUCGUGUGAACCAGGAAGAAGCCGAGUCUCCUGAGAAUACGGGUGAGGCGCCUAACAAGGACAGCUGGAUUGACCAAGAGACUGACACAGCGAGGAUGGCAAGGCCGACUGAUCAGUUGGAUGCUGUGGUGGAGGAGGACUCUGCCGACGGAGCGACACCGCGACCCAAGCAGACAAAGCCAUUACGAGACGAUGGAAAAUCUGGGGAGAAGAGUAAGAAAGGCAAAGAGAAAGCCAAAGUUAAAUUUGAGGAGCCCGAGAAGCCAGGGAAAAGUUCUCGAAGCGCGGAUGGAGACAAGACCCCCACGAACACCUCGGAGGAAGAGGACUACGUAUUCGAUUUUGAGCUCGAGGACCGCCCUUCAGAACCUGCAGAAAUUGUACCGUUCUCUCUCCCCCAUUCCUCAGCUGGUUCACGUAACAUGCUUGAGGCCAAUCUUUCGCACACAUUCGCUGCCGACCUUCCUUCUCAUCGCGCUGCUUGGCGUCGCAUCGAACAGAACGGUUCCAUGUACGAGGCUCUUCGGCGGGAAAGGCGAUCACACCCCAAUGAUAACCUUGUGGACGAUAGCGAGUUGAGCAAGUUUGCCACUUCUGUGCCCAUCGCAAUCAAUCCUAUACGAGCAGGUCAAGCUAGUGUUCCUGUCGCAUUGGAACGUAAGACUUCGCUCACAGAUCGCCCUGGAAUAGUAGUUCCUGGCCUCGGACCGGCCAUGCGGGAGAAAGGCGUUGCGAGGAGCAAUUCACUCGGUCUGGGUUUCCCCAAAGGCGUACAGUCAUCUUCAGCGCGUGGCCGGCCGUCAGAUCAACAACGAAAGACUUCACGUUCUGCUUCAGUCUCACGCGAGCGAGAAGCAGUACAGUCUUAUGCUGCGGAUCCGGGCGCGGUAUUUGAGACAUUGGCAGAUGGUGAGGGCGAGGAAGAAGAAGAAGUGGAGAACACUACCGUGGCAGGGAAAGGAACGAUAAUGGAAAAGGGAUUCGUGCCGCCUCAUGUGUUGGCUAGGCAAGAGGAUAGCAAAAAGCUUCCUGAUGUUGGGUGGAGAAGUUUGGCGUCGUAGUGUGCAUAGAAUCUUGAAGGAGAAAGGGAAUUACAGUAAUAAGAAAACGGAAAACGCAGGCGUUGUAUAUAUGAGUGCAUAAGGUUUCCUGGCGCGAUGUACGGUA